UCAGGCUGAUCGGUCUCCAUAAACAUUGUUGAUUCUAUAAUUCGUUUUAUCACGAACUCCGGUGGAACUGUAUCAUUCAAAGCUUGUGUACCGCGCAGACCGCACGCGCCUCAAAAAGAGUAACAAUUUGUUUUCAGUGCUAUUUAUUAAACUGUAAUAACAAUAGUUAUUAUUAGUUGCGCGAGAGCUCCGUAGCAUUGUAACGUAGCGGCUCUACGAGGCGACGCGUUCGUAUUACAGUGGACGAGUUCUUCCGACGACUUUUUCUCGAUAUUUUUCCUGAGAAAAUUCAAAAAUAACAAUGGCAACGAAAACUACUGAGAAUGUAGAAAGCGGUAACGGUGCCCAGCCUGAGGGCGAAGCCCCCGCUGCGCCUACACGCCGGCGCCUCCUUGAGACAAGCUCCAUCAUCGGGCUGUCAGAUGUAACGGACAACAAGCUGAUCUGGAGGCAGCUGGUCGCGGAGCUGGUCGGCACCUUCCUCCUUACUUCUAUUGGCGUGGCCGCCUGCAUCACCAUCAACGCCAGCACAGCGCCCCACACCACCAGCAUUGCGUUGUGUUUUGGGUUGCUCGUUGGAUCUAUAGUGCAGGGCAUCGGUCACGUGUCUGGAGGACACAUCAACCCCGCGGUGACAGCCGGUCUCUUCGCGGCGGGAGACAUUAAGCUGCUAAAAGCAAUCUUCUACAUCGUAGUGCAGAGCCUCGGAGCAGUAGCUGGAGCCGCCUUUAUCAGGUUGGCGAUUCCUGCCGACAGCAUCGGUGGUUUUGGUAUGACCCUACCCGGACCCGGAGUUACAGAAGCGCAGGCCGUGCUGGUGGAGGCUCUGAUCACGUUCGUGUUGGUCAUGGUGGUGAUGGGUGUGUGCGACCCGCAACGUAAUGACCUCAAGGGUUCCGCUCCCCUGGCUAUCGGACUCAGCAUCACCGCCUGCCACGCUGCUGUCAUACCUUUCACGGGAUCCAGCAUGAACCCGGCCCGAACAUUCGGCCCAGCCUUGGUGAUCGGCAAUUGGACAUCUCAAUGGGUUUACUGGGUGGGUCCCGUCGUGGGCGGCGUGGUCGCUGGACUACUCUACAAAUUCGUUCUGCGCAUCAAAAAAGCCGGAGACACCGGCUCUUAUGACUUCUAAACAGCUGCACGGGAACUCUUCGUCGUUUUCAAAAGGACGUUUUUUUAAAUAAAAUGAUCUAUAUUACUUUGUAAUAGAAAACAUUUACAAUACAUACGUUCUUUUGGAACCAGCGAUGUCACAUGCACCUCACCGACCGCUUCGUGUCAAAAUCGACCGUUUGCCUGACGCAUACGAUUUUAAAUCUUGCUAUCCGAAAAUAUUUCUAUGGGUUAGAUUAGGUUUCUUUCUUACGAAAACAUGGUAUAAGAAGAAUAAUCAAAUGCUAUGUGAGAGGCAAACGCAAGAUAAUUGUAUUUGUUAUUAUAGAUUUUUAUGAAUGCUUUUAGCGCGGACCAAAACCUUUUUUUUUAUAUUUACGAUUUCAAUUAUUUUGUCACUCCGCCGAUGUCGUGGAGAAAUUUUUAAAACAUUAAAAAGUAAGGUACAAAAAGUUGAAGUUUCCGAAUAUUGAAAACCGACUACGAUAUAUUAUCCAAACACGAAGAUAAAGUUUAGAAUAAUUCUAUGUUAAUUUUAGUAUGAUAAGGUUAUUUAUAUUGUGAAUAAAGUAUGCUAAGUUAAAGUUAUCGAUGUGGCGGCUGCACUUUUAGUAUGAGGGCCAGGAUUAAAAUUCUAAGCCUCGCCAGAGCAACGAACUGCUCGAUCAAAAUUUUAUUAAAUCAAUGAAACUAAUAAAUAAGACUCCCACGUAGCGUCUUAUUUGAGGGCAUUUAAAACCGACUUUAACGCAUUGUAUCAAAUUACCUUUGAACAUCUGAGCUAACGUCAGAUCGUAAUGAGGCAAUGAAACAAUAAAACUUGUAAACCUAAAUUAACUGAUGAAGGAGUAUACAAAUAAGGUUAAGUUAAAAAAAGGUUGCAAAACAAUUAAAAACGGCUCUUUAUUCGAUGUCGGUCAAUUAUAACACAUGUAAUAAUUUAUCAGAAGAAAAUCUGCUCAGAUUCAUUUUGGAAAUAUUUAUAAAUGCUAAUUCUAUCGGUUCGGACUUAGGAUUAUCGAAUCUUUGUGUUGUUUUGGGUUUAACUGAGUGAACGGCAGUUUUUUUUUGGUCUAUAGGCCCUUGUACUAUAGUGGCUGUUGCUGUACGCGUUUCCUUUGCGUUACGCAAAAUAAAAAUGUCCAUACUCGAGUGCCUAUGCUAAUGACGUGAUAAUAUGAAGUUAUUUAAAAAAAUAUAUUUAAGUUACAAAUAUUAUGUAAAUCACUUGAAAAUGUUUAAAAUAAAUAUUUUAAUAAGAAA